CUGGGUUUUCAUGGCGGGGUUAUGAGCAUUGCGGUGCGGCGGUUUACGUUCUUGCCAGCACGUAGAUGUUGUCCUGUUUUUAGUUCUAUCGCACUGUCAACUUAUCAAAAGGCAUGGUUCACAAAAUGUAAUUCAAAACAUCCUAAUCUCAUCAAAACUGUAUCCAAUGAAUUAAUACUCAAGCAGGAUUUUGUUACGGAGAAUCAGGAGUCAAGUUUGAUAAACGAACUUGAUUCUGUACUUUGCAAACGAAAGUACCAAACAAAGCACUGGGAUUAUGUAAGUCAUUCAACUAUUUGCUUUUCCACUGUUCAGGAUAGUGCCUUAUCUUCUAAAGGUGACAAAGUCUUAGGACGCUGUAGACCGCAAUAUCAUAAUCGAGAAUUUCAUAAGCUCUAUAAAUAAGUGAACAGUACUUCAACAGAAGCGUAAAAUAAACAUGUUAGAAUUAACUCACACUUUUUUGUUAUUUUUGGCCAUUUUAAAUGAAUAACCAUAAUGGUUUCGUAAAUCUUCACUUUAGUCUUCAAGUCUUACUCAUACUUGAAAUAAUUAAAGCUGUCAGUCUUCAGUAAUAAGGAUAGUAGGUUGAUGAACCUGUGUUAAUCCUGACAGAUUUCCUUCCAGUGAAGGUCCAGCUUCUUUUUGAAAAUGUUCACUGAUGGUGCUGAUACCACUUGUUCUGGUAAAGCGUUCCAGUCAUUGACCACUCGAUGAGAAAAACGGGACCCCACCUUUAGUUUAUUAGAUCGCGGUUUCAGAACCUUCUUGCUAUGACCCCGGAGAUUAUUAGUGCUGGAGGGAGCAAAAAGGCUAUUAAAAAUUUCCGUGAAUUGGAACGUAAAAGUUGGCAUACAACCACCAAUCAGCUUGUUGUCGAUCGAUUGAAAGCAACUACUGUAGGCAGUGGUUUAACAGCGACAACAAUGGCCAUGGAAGCAGAUGCUGUAAAAAUUGAUCAAUCAGUACUUCCAUUAAUUCACGUUUUGGAUUUAGCUGAAAAUGGUGAGAUAAUGGCACAUGUGGAUAGCGUAAAAUUCUGUGGGGAGUCAAUUGCUGUGCUAAGUUUAUUAUCUGAUUCAAUUUUACGUUUAGCUGUUGCUCCACAAAGUGAAGUAGUGGGCGUUCCUCAAGAUCAGUAUGAAUAUUUAAAUUCACUAGACUUACCACCGAUUGGUUCAUGGAUAGAUGUAUUUAUACCUAGACGAUCUGUUUAUAUUAUUCGUGGCGCACUACGCUAUUUAUUAACACAUGCUAUUUUGUCUAAUGAACAAGUCAAUGAAAUACGAAAUGAACAUUCGAUUGAUUUGUAUAAUUUACAUCGUGGACGACGUGUAUCAGUGAUUUGUCGUACACAUUCAAUCAAUAAUCUUAUUCCUUAUUAUACUAAUGUUGAAGAGUCAUCGACUGGCGUAAAAACUUAAUUUUGUGCGAUCAAAAAAGUUUACUGUACAUAUAUACUUAGUUGUACUGUAAUUGUUAUUUUAAACAAUAUAAUUAUUCUUACUAAUUGUAUAUUUUACUUUUAGAUAAUAGUUUUUGUGUUUGAAUUCUUGUCUCAUGUACAUCAAAAUUGUGUUAUAGCAAGUUCCUUUUUAAAGUGAAUUUGAAGGCAAUUCAUAUCACUGAAUUACUUCAGCCCCAAAAUGCCCUGUUAUGGUCGAGAGUGGGGAGAGUCCGCUCUCCCUCUCGAAAUGCUC